UUUGCAUCACUCUUUUUCCAAGUCUCUGUUUUUUUUUCUACUUUCAAAAUCCCUAAUUUAGCUUGAGAGAUGAAGAACGCAUCGCCAUCGUCGAAUCUUCUCACUGAAGAGAGAGAAGAAGUCAUUGUGUCUGAGAAAGGCCGUUGCUUGAGGAAAACACAUUUCCUAAAGCCCUUUGUUACUUCCAUCGAUGACGACGGUACUGUAGCUGAGCUUCCCCAUUGUGGUGAUCCACGUCUCUCUGUUUCUUCUUCGGAGCUCAAGAGCUUGUCUUCUCGGAUUUGCUUCUCUGGAUUUUGGUCUGCAAAUCAUCGUUUCGUAUCCUGGCUUAAAAAAAUGGAAGCUUUACACGCACCCACCUGGAGAAAAGCUGGGAUUUAUGAAGCAAUUAAGGCAUCCACUUACAAGAUCAGUAAAAACCCGUCUCUGCUUGUCUCCAUUGCUAAGAAAUGGUGUCCUGAAACCAAAUCUUUUGUCUUUCCUUGGGGUGAAGCAACGAUAACGUUAGAGGAUGUAAUGGUGCUUUUAGGGUUUUCUGUUUUGGGCUCUCCGAUCUUUGCCCCUUUAGAAAGCUCGGAGAUGAGAUAUGCCAUAGAGAAACUGGAGAAAGUAAGACUAGAGAAUCUAAACAAGAAUAUGUGUGUGAGGAAAGGAUCAUGGAUUUCUAGCUUCUUAGGUAAAGGUGAUCAACUUGAGCAUGAAGCUUUUCUUGCAUUGUGGCUUUCCCAUUUCGUUUUUCCAGAUAAGUAUCGUCCUUCUGUUUCUGUAAAGACUCUCCCAGUCGCUGUUCGUUUGGCUAGAGGUGAAAGGGUUGCUCUUGCUCCUGCUGUUCUCGCAAGACUUUACAAAGAUUUGGGUGAAAUUUCGAGAGAUAAGUCCACUAAAAAUCUUUAUUUCCAGUCUCUGUUUAAGUUACUUCAAGUUUGGACAUGGGAGAGGUUUAAGAAGUUGAGACCAGAAGCUAAAGAGAUACCUAAAGGCGAACCAAGACUUUCUCGGUGGGACCGUCUGCAAAGGAAAACUGAGGAUGUGAGGCUGAGUUUUGAUGAUUUUGAGUGGCGUCCUUAUACGAAGCCGUUAACUAAUUGGAACCCUCCUCGUUUUUAUGUUGAAGAAUCUAUGUGGGUGACUGUUGAUGACAAACUUGAAGAUGAGUUUGUUUCGUUUGCUCGUUGUGUGAGGAGUUCUCAGCUUGUUGGGAUUGGUUUUGUAGAGGAUUACUAUCCUAAUCGUGUUGCAAUGCAAUUCGGGAUGGCUCAAGAUUGUCCUGGUUUGGUUACUCGUCGUCACAGCAACGUCACAGAAAAGGAAGCAUGGGAUGAUUACAACAAGUCUCUUGAUGGUUUCAAGCUGUUCAUCCCUUCUCGUCUCUCUACAACUUCUGUUACUGCGAGAUACCAAGACUGGUGGCUGAAAUCAGUUUCACGGUUUUUGCUUUCCUCAGACUCAACUGAAACUUUCAAUUUAAGUAAUUCAGUUGUUGAUGAUGAUGAUGAUAAUGUAUCUCAUAAGGUACUUCCAUUGAGUCAAGUGUUUCAGAAGUUGGGAAUGGGGUUUCCUGCAAACCUCAGAAGAUGUAGGAGUCGUAGAAGAGCUAAGAAUCUAAGGUGUAAGAUGGAGAAAGACAAGACUAGUAAUGGUGAUGUAUCAGCUUCAACAGAACUGGCACUUAGUCGUUUGUUUCAGAAGGAGUUAGUGAAGAAGAAAAUUGAGUGUGUAGGAUACAAGAGACGCAAGCGAGCUCGUGAGGAUGAUGCCAAGUCCAAUGAUAACAUCACUACUGCCCAGAGUAUCAUUAAAUCUAGAGAAAUAAAUGGAGGAAAUGCUUCUGAAUCACUUGGAAAAAGAAGUAAACUUGAGGAUGAUAACAAUGGUUCAGAGAUUUGUCAAAAGCUUGCUUUUGGAGAUAAUGAAACUAUACCACCACCAGAAAUAGAAGAAAGGAAUAAAAAGUCUGAUGAAACUGGAAGCAAAGCUGGGAAGAAUGUGGUUCUGAGCUCAUUUGAUGAUAACACUUCUUCAGAUCCUGCUCUUGGUGCUAAUAGAGGAGUAUAUGACAUUGUAAAGUCACCACGAGAAACAAGAAAAACCUGUGAUGACGACCUUGUUGUAUAUGGAAGCAAUGCAUGUAUGACUAAUGAUGGUAGCAGUGAACCAAAGUGUUUGCUCCAAGAAGAUGGUGUCAUAACUGGAGAAAAGCAGAGAUCGGAUGAGAACGAAGAUGUUGUUGAUGAUGACAGUUUGAUAUAUAAAAAGUUAGCAUUAAAGACAGACAACAAUGAGUCCAUCCCUUGUCAAAAGCUUGCUAAUGAAGAUGGUAGCAAGGCAUAUAAGAGUAUGGUUCUUAGUCCACCUGAUGAGUCGAACAUUCACAUCGCUGUAGGGGACGGAAGUCAGGGACAGGACUGUCUGUUUCAUGAUAAUGCCCUCAGAAGUGAAGAAACUAAGAGAAAUGAUGGUUUUGGUGAGGGUAAUGACUCCUACGAAAAGAGAUUCCACAAACUGAAAGAGUUGGCAUCAUCCAUAGAAGAUCGUAUUAUUAAGGCACAAAAAAACAUGGCAUCGUUAAUAGAAUGGAGAGCCUUAAAACGAAGGAAAAUAGCAGCAGCUUAUUUAAAUUAAGCGUGUUCGAUAUUGUUUGAGACAGGUAGAAUA